CAGCAUCUACCCCGGCCUCUGCCCUGCAGUUUUCUUGGCUUGAGAUUGAUCUUGGUCUUGAUCAAUCUCCAUUAAUAUUGUUUGCUCCAGAUCGAGCGCGCGCAGCCAUUGGAAGAUUCCAAGCUAGCUAGCUGUGUCUGGGGGAGAUGGUGGAUGAGAGGGGACGUGGUGUCGGAGAUGGUGGCGGCCGGGAGGAAAAGGUGGAUGCUGUUGGUGAUCAUUCUCGCCGCACAAGCAUCUGACACGGUUUUGAUCGGCUGGCGGGAGAGGAAACAUGUCGUCGGAUCAGGCCCCCUCUCCCAGCUCGCCGCCGUCGUCGUCGGGAAACGGUUCCGACAAGGCGGCGCCUCCGCCGCAAGAGUCUGCUUCGAACGGGAAUGGGUCAUCGUCUAGCUCGACACCGCCGUCUCCAGGCUCGGAUGGUGGUGGGUCGAGGUCACCGUCGCAAAGCUCUUCUUCGCCCGGUUCUCCUCCGCCGUCGGGAAGCUCUUCUCAGCCGCGUUCGUCUCCACCGCCGCCGUCGCGCUCUUCUCCUUCUCCUCCUUGGAGCGGUGGAGGUUCCGGCUCUUCGCCGACUCCGCCGUCCGAAUCAUCUGGAAAUGGCGGUGGUGGCAGUUCGUCGCCACCGCCGAACUGGUCGUCGCCUCCGAGUCCGCACCAGCAGUCGGGAGGCGGCGCAACGCCAUCUCCGCCGCCUCCUUCGUCUCCGACCUCUACUCAGCCGCCUCCAGCGCCAUCAGGCGGGUCGCCACCAUCAUCGUCGUCCGAAGCAUCUCAGCCUCGCUCGUCGCCGUCGCCGUCGCCGCCACAACCGAUUAAUAGCAACGGCCAACCAAGCUUGCAAUCGCAAUCACCUCCCGGUGGCCAGCCAUCUCCUCCGCAAUCACCUCCGGCGCCGGCAAACCAGUCAGUGGUCUUCAUCCCCAUCCCCGUGGCAACGAACAGCCCUCCCGGCAAGCCAGGGGUGAUCCCCGUCACGCCCUCCGGCGCCAUCACGUCCACCAGCUUCCCUGCAUCCGUGCAAGGAGGAAGCAACACCACAGGUGGCGGUGUUCAGCCCGGCUCCAGCACUUCCUCGUCGCAGCAGCACGCGUCCCUAAGCUCGACCCAGGGCAGCACCGGCCACAUAGCCGCCGCCAUCGCCGGCGCUGCGGUCACGGGGUUCCUGUGUGCCAUGGUGGCCAUCUACCUCAUCGUGUCGAGUCGGAGGAAGAAGAAGAUGGAUGGGCUGGUCUACCACUACGAUGGCAACAGCUACUUCGUGGCGUCGUCUCAGUUUGGCGGAUCGAGCCACCCGCCUUCGGGGAUGGUUCUCAACUCCGGGGGCUUCGCCACCGGGCCGCCGCCGCCGGCGUCGUCGGACGGCAGCGGGUACAACUUCCAGUCGGGGCCCUUCGCCGGCGGCGGCGCGGGGGAGGCGGCGGCGGGCUCCAAGGCGCGGUUCAGCUACGAGGAGCUGACGGGGAUCACCAGCAACUUCUCGCGGGACAACGUGAUCGGCGAGGGCGGGUUCGGGUGCGUGUACAAGGGGUGGCUGGGCGACGGCCGGUGCGUCGCCGUGAAGCAGCUCAAGGCCGGCAGCGGGCAGGGCGAGCGGGAGUUCCAGGCGGAGGUGGAAAUCAUCAGCCGCGUCCACCACCGCCACCUCGUCUCCCUCGUCGGCUACUGCGUCGCCGAGCACCACCGGAUGCUCAUCUACGAGUUCGUUCCCAAUGGCACCCUCGAGCACCACCUCCAUGGCCGUGGCGUGCCGGUGAUGGACUGGCCGACGAGGCUGCGGAUCGCCAUUGGCGCAGCCAAGGGGCUAGCUUACCUGCACGAGGACUGCCACCCGCGGAUCAUCCAUCGGGACAUCAAGUCGGCGAACAUCCUACUGGACUACUCAUGGGAAGCACAGCUCCAGCAAUUAAGCAGAAGGAUCCAUGGAUUGAUGGUGUGUGACGCAUUCAUGCAUGGAUGGGGGACGAUGCAGGUGGCGGACUUUGGGCUGGCGAAGCUGGCGAACGACGCGCACACCCACGUGUCGACGCGCGUCAUGGGCACCUUCGGCUACCUGGCGCCGGAGUACGCCUCCAGCGGCAAGCUCACGGACCGCUCCGACGUCUUCUCCUUCGGCGUCGUCCUGCUCGAGCUCAUCACCGGCCGCAAGCCCGUCGACCAGUCGCGGCCCCUCGGAGAGGAGAGCCUCGCCGAAUGGGCACGGCCGGUGCUCGCCGACGCAGUGGAGCUGGGCGACCCCAGCGAGCUGGUCGACCCGCGGCUGGAGGGCGCGUACCACCCCGGCGAGAUGAUGACGAUGGUGGAAGCGGCGGCGGCGUGCGUGCGCCACUCCGCUCCCAAGCGGCCACGGAUGGCGCAGGUGAUGCGGGCGCUGGACGAGGGGAGCAUGACGGACCUCAGCAACGGGAUCAAGGUCGGGCAGAGCCAGGUGUUCAGCGGCGGCGGCCGCAGCAGUGACGCCGCCGCCAUCCAGCAGCUCCGCCGCACGGCUUUUGCUUCCGAGGAGUUCACCGGCGAGUUUGUGCACAGCGGCGGCGCCGCCGCCGCCAGCUCUAGCUCCGAGUCGCGGCCGAUGAACCGGAUACCGGAGUAGGAGUGGCCUUUUAUAUGUUCUAAAUUGCUUAGCGUCAGUGCAAAGUAGAUGAUGAGGAUGAUAGCAAAAGGAGUGUCCUAAAGAAACGACGAACUGAAAACGAUGUGCAGUAAAUUCAGGGUUUUGGUCUAAUUUUCGGUAGUCUUUUGCUUCUGUACUUCAAAACCCUAAAAAUUGCAUGGAGAUUAUGGUAAAACAAUGAUGCACAUGGAGAACUAUAAACCAAGUGAUAAGGAUGGGCAUUAGCAUGGUGAUUUUGUAAGUUUGGCGAUGAGCCAAACAACCCCAAGCAACAAGUAUCACUAUGGGUUCUUGUUAUCAACCGUUUCAUAACAUAUGGUAAUGGAUUCUAAUCC